CUGGAGGAGUUUGGCACUUGUACCCCGCCCAGAGCGCUUCCACUGCCCAAGUCCUCGCAGGCAACUGAGCCUCCAGGAGGAGCCCAGAGCCUGCGAGUUCGGGUGUCCCUCCCGAGUCCUUCUGCUGGACAUCUGCUGGUGACACUUCCCCCUCCUGUUGCCUCCUGUGAAAGCCCCACCUUGCGGCAGGCCAAGCAGCUGGCCUGCCCACCUGCCUGCACAGCCCUGCAGCUCAGCAUGCAUCCCCCAGGCUUCAGGAACUUCUUGUUGCUGGUGUCCUCCCUUCUAGUCCUUGGGCUGUCAGCUGGUCCUCAAAGCUUCUCACCGUCUCUGAGAAGCUUGUCCGGCGCCCCCUGCAGGCUGUCUAGGGCGGAGUCCGAGCGCAGAUGUCGUGCACCUGGGCAGCCCCCAGGGGGCGCCCUGUGUCAUGGCCGUGGCCGGUGCGAGUGCGGGGUCUGCAUCUGUCAAGUGACCGAACCUGGCACCUAUUUCGGGCCGCUGUGUGAGUGCCACGAGUGGGUGUGUGAGACCUACGACGGGAAAACUUGCGCAGGCCAUGGUACUUGUGACUGCGGCAAGUGCAAGUGUGACGUGGGUUGGUCUGGGGAAGCUUGCCAGUACCCAACCAAGUGUGACCUGACAAAAAAAAUCAGCAAUCAAAUGUGCAGGAAUUCUCAAGAUGUUAUCUGCUCCAAUGCAGGUACAUGUCACUGUGGUAGGUGCAAGUGUGAUAAUUCAGAUGGAAAUGGACUCAUCUAUGGAAAAUUUUGUGAGUGUGAUGAUAGAGAAUGCAUAGAUGAUGAAACGGAAGAAGUAUGUGGAGGCCAUGGGAAGUGUUACUGUGGAAACUGUUACUGUGAGGCUGGUUGGCAUGGAGAUAAAUGUGAAUUCCAGUGUGACAUCACCCCCUGGGAAAGCAAGCGAAGAUGCACAUCUCCAGAUGGCAAAAUCUGCAACAACAGAGGAACAUGUGUUUGUGGUGAAUGUUCUUGCCAUGAUGUUGAUCCAACUGGGGACUGGGGAGACAUUCAUGGGGACACGUGCGAGUGCGAUGAAAGGGACUGCAGAGCCGUUUAUGAUCGGUAUUCUGAUGAUUUCUGUUCAGGUCAUGGACAGUGUAACUGUGGACGAUGUGACUGCAGAGCAGGCUGGUAUGGGAAGAAUUGUGAGCACCCACGGUCCUGCCCAUUGUCAGCUGAGGAGAGCACCAAGAAGUGCCAGAGUGGCUCUGACCUGCUUUGUUCUGGAAGGGGCAAAUGUGAAUGUGGCAGAUGUACUUGUUACCCUCCAGGAGACAGCAGGGUGUAUGGAAAGACCUGUGAGUGUGAUGACCGCCGCUGUGAAGACCUGGAGGGCGUGGUCUGUGGAGGCCAUGGCACAUGCUCCUGUGGUCGUUGUGUUUGUGAGAAAGGAUGGUUUGGCAAGCUCUGCCAGCACCCACGGAAGUGUAACAUGACAGAAGAGCAAAGCAAGAGUUUGUGUGAGUCAGCAGAUGGCACAUUGUGCUCAGGGAAGGGUUCUUGCCAUUGUGGAAAGUGCAUUUGUUCUGCAGAAGAGUGGUAUAUUUCAGGGGAGUUUUGUGACUGCGAUGACAGAGACUGUGACAAACACGAUGGUCUCAUUUGCACAGGGAAUGGAAUCUGUAGCUGUGGAAGCUGUGAAUGCUGGGAUGGAUGGAACGGAAAUGCAUGUGAAAUCUGGCUUGGCACUGAAUAUCCUUAAUGAUUCCAUGGGCGACAACUGGAUUCACAUUUCUAGGCCAUUUUAGAAGUUUAGAGGAAUGCAUGUGUAGACAGUACUAGGACAGACUCUUGUGUGUUUUUCUAUUUCUGACUGCCUGAGUGAAACAUGGGUCUUCAUUAGAAAUGACUUCAGCAAACUGAUGUAAAUUACACCACACAGAAUUGUUUUCCCAUAAUUAACAUCAGUGUUUUACAAUCAAGGAGGGCAAUUUUGCACCCACAAGACAUUUGGCAAUGUCUACAGAGAAUUUCACUGUCACACUGGUUAGGGUGCUUGUGCUAUGGACAUUUUAGAGGUAGUGGUCACAGACAAUGCUGAACACCCUAUAGAACAUUGAAGGGCCCUCACAGCAAAGUAUUUUCUGACAUCCAAUGUUUGCCAAUAUGUAGUAGAAAAAAUGCUAAAUCACAUGGUAUUUAGGACUCCACAUUCCGACACCAGAAACACUGUAUCAGAAUAUAAGGAUGAUAUUUAUUCUCACAUAAACUGAUCAGUUGGAUUUUUCCAGGAUUGCAUAUGAAUCUGAAUUUGCAUAUUGGGACAAUGAUGAUAGACACAUAUGACAUGUGGUGAUGGGCGUGGGUUUACCAGAUCAAAAGGGCUUUAAGUUCACAAGGAUCUCUUACAGGAAGAAAUGAAAAAUGUACAAUUUGACAAUUUAAUAAAUAGUGACAUAAGUUCUUUA